AUUUAUGGAACCCUGCUGGCUAAUCUAGUUUCAUUCAUAAAGUUUUCUGUUUAGUGUAAAAAAUUCCCAGGGGUGAAUAUAUGAAUUAAAAAGUGUGUACAAAAAUUAAUGUAGGCCAUAAAAAAGUUUGCAUAGAGGAUUAGUGAAGACAAUGAAAUAGUGUGAUUUUGGGAUAGACAGAAAAGUUCUCUAAUGGAUGGCAAGGUGUGAUCACAUUAUCUGUUGAUACAGGUGGACAGAUAUACAUUAUUGUUUGUGUAAAUGCUGGUCAAGAUUCAAGUGUUUAUUUGCUCAAAUUUGCGUAACUUAAAGUUGACACAAGAAACUUUAGCCAUUGUUUGGAAACUUGCAUAACUUUUAAAGAAAUUUCUUCAAAACUGACUGGACAAUUGGAAACAUUUAAAGCAAAGUGACUCUCGACAGCUGCUUAAGAACUUUUUAAAAGGAGAGCAGAGAACUAAACAUAACAAUUACGACUAAUAAAUCUUGGAUUCAAAACUUUUUACCUUGACUCUUAAUACCUUUAUGGGAAAAGGUGUAAUCUAGGUUGAAUAUGAAUGAUUAAAUAUUACUUUUGGACAAAAGACACAUUAAUGGAUUCUGAUUCAAAUGUUAAAUUUUAUAAAUGACUCAGAAAGAAAAGAACAUGGUAAUAGAACGUGGUACAAAGAGUAAGGGAAUAGCAUCAUUAUUCCCCUCGUGGCAUACUAACGGCAAAGUUUUCACCUCUGAUAUACCUGUAACUACCCAGGUUCUACCUUUGACACCAGGAACUUCUCAGAAGAUGUCACAGGCUCUCCUUGAUAGUUUCAAAAGCUUUGAAAAAGUACAAUACGACAUCCCUAAAGACCCAGCACUGUGGACCGAGUCACACAUUACUAAGUGGUUACAGUGGGCAAUUCAGGAGUUCCAUUUGGAGAAUAUCAAUAUGAACAAUUUUAGGAUGAACGGACAAACUCUCGUCAAAAUGGCAAAAGAGGAUUUCCUUCAGUUGGCUCCCCCAUUUAUGGGAGAUAUUUUAUGGGAACAUCUGGACUGCUUGCAGAAAGAGGCAGCUGAGGAGAGGGCAUCAUUGAGUAAUGUCCCACAGAACUAUAGUGAAACAAUGUGUGUUCCAGAGUUUGCUGAUAGAUACUCAAUGCUUCAAGGUUAUGUUGAUAACAAGUCAACACCGUAUGUGGACAAUAAAUGUUCAUAUGGCAGUCAGAUCAGUGAGUCUAUCAAAGCUUUGAAUGAAAGUGAGGCUUAUGAAGAUACAUCUGAUUACCAGAGUGUGGAGAGUCUCCAUAACAACAGUUACUAUGACCACAGUCCUACAGAGUUUUAUCCUAUGAUUCCAGAGCAAAAAUAUAGACCACCUAUUGACAACAUGUGUCGAAACCCAUUCAUUCCACAAGAUCCAUACUAUGACCAACAACCAUAUCAGAUGGUACCCACUAUUAAACAGGAAUGUCCAUGGUCUCAGCACGACUGUAUCCAACAGGAACUGAAUGAGAGCUGGUCGAGUCGUAAUAGUGGUGGAUAUCGUAGUAUCCAGUCGUCACCAACAGAUAUGUACACUACAGAGAGUAAACCUAUGAUACAGGCUGCUGCUCUUGCUGGUUACUCAGGAAGCGGACCAAUACAGUUGUGGCAGUUUUUACUUGAACAGCUGACAGAUAAGUCAUGUCAACAUUUUAUAAGCUGGACAGGAGAUGGAUGGGAGUUCAAACUAUCAGAUCCUGAUGAAGUUGCACGAAGAUGGGGAAUUCGUAAAAACAAACCCAAAAUGAACUAUGAAAAGUUAAGCAGGGGUCUAAGAUACUAUUAUGACAAAAACAUUAUACACAAAACUGCAGGAAAGCGUUAUGUGUACAGAUUUGUCUGUGAUCUGCAUAGUCUGCUGGGAUACACCCCAGAGGAGCUGUUUGAAGCAUGUGAUGUCAAGCCUCAGCCUGACAAAGAUGAUGAGUAGUCAGUUAAGUGCUUGGUUUUAACUAACCGUGAUCUGUGAUUGAAGCUGUAGAGGCAGCAGAAUAAUAUAUUCUAUUUAUAGUUUGUUCCUCAAACAUUUUGUUGUCGGGGCUAGAAGGUAUAGGAUGGCUUGAGAGGAAACAGUCAUGAUUGCAGACUAUUGUUUUGAUUGGUGAGAAUUUUCGGCUGUUUGAAAUGUUGUGAUAAAGCGGUGAUAUGGUAUGGCUUUUCAGCAGAAAGGAUUUUUGAUUGAUGGAAAAGCUAUUUUUAGCUUUAGCAUGACAGUUUUUGUGAAGAGUGACUCAAAAGUGCAGAUCAAGUUUUUACUUGAAAUUUUUUUUUAUUACUUUUUUCAAGCAGUGACUGCUUGUUGACUUUUACUGAUCAUGUGAUCUUGAGAUGUACAUUUUAUUGAUCAUGAUAUAGGAAAAAUAAGAAUGAGUUCAUUUGACCAAUCAGGUUGAAAGGUUGGACAUUUAACCAAUCAGGUUGAUAGGUUGGAAAGUGUUACUUGUUGAUUAGUUAAUAGCAAGAAUAUCUAUUUCUUGUUUGGCCAUAAUUUGUUUAUUUUGGUUGGCCAAUUGUUGUAAAUUGGUAUGUGGCACUGUGGCCACAAUUGUUAUAUUUGUUAUAUUUUAUUUUAAUAAAUGUGCUUUUAAGGAUAUUUAUUCAAGUUGAUGCAAAUAGUUUUCCUUGGUGCCUUUGUAAAAACUUCGUCCAAUUUUUAAAAUGUUUUUAGAUGCCUUGUGAUGUUAUAUUCUAUGAAAUAUUUAAUUUCAAGUAAUAAAUUAAUGGGAAUACUUAUUAAUUGUUCUGUUUCAAUAAAAGGGUAGUAGCAAAUAAAAAUGAUCCCCCUUCCAAAAAAAUGAUACGUAAAAUCAGUUUUCUCCUGAUUUUGAAAAAAAAUAUUUGAGAAAAUAGGCUAAACGAUUUAGUCAGUGCUAAAAACAUUAAUACAGAAAAUAGUUUUAAACAUCUGCAAAAUAAGAUAAACUUGUUUGUUUUAUAAUGAAAAAAAUAUUUGAUCAAAUGAAUUUUGAAGAUCUGAGAUAGACUGCUUUACUGCAUAUAAGAACAAAUUUCUAUUUUACUUUUACUAUUGACUGAUAUUUUCGAACAGUAUGACAAGUUUAUUCGCCUACGGAAGACCCAGGAAAUUUUAGGAAUAUGCAUAUCAUUAUCAAACUGUGUCUUAUAUAAGUGCCAUAAGUUUAUCGAGUUUUCACGCAAUGGUUUACCUUGUAAUGGUAAAGGCAUUCUUGUGUUCAUUUAUUGGUGCCCAAACAUUGAUAUUUUUUAGACAGAAUUUCAUUAGUGUCAUAAUGGUUAUAUAUUUUUUUUAUAAAUCCAGUGCAUGUUUGAAAAUCACUUUUUGAUCUCUUUGAAAAAUUCAUUUAUCAAAAUGUCUUGAAAUGCUUCUUUUUUAAAGUGACUUCAGAUGAUCAUAUUUUGAUUUUUUCUUCAUGUUAUUUUUGAUAAAAGUGAAUGAUACAAAAUUGAAGGUUUUCUACAUGCUCUUUUUUUUUAAAGUUAAAUUAAUGCAAUUUGAAAUGGGUUUGAAUUCUUUUUUAUUUUGCCUUACGAUCUAUCAUUUUUUCGCAUAUUUCGAAAAAGAAAAGAAUUUAAAACCUUUUAACACAAAAUGUGGAAAACUAAAUUGUUUAACUUUUCUCUUGUCAAGCUUUUUUGUACAUUUUUUUAGUUAAGGUCAGCAAUUUUCCAUGUUAUGUUUGAAAUUACAGAAAUAAUUACGUAGAAAUCACCGAGCAGUAUCAGAUACUGAUUCUGCCACUUAUGUCAUUAAAUUGUAAAUUAUCCAUCAUUUUGUAUUAUGUAAAAAACAUUCUUAAUUAUACAAUUGCUUUAGACAAUUAGAUGUUAGUAUUUGUUAGAGAACAUUUAAAUGGCAGACUUUUUGUAAGUUUUUACUAGUCUAAAAUUGUCUCAUUCAUGAAAUAUUGUGUUCAUUGGAAAUUUUAUUAUGAAAACAAAUUUAAAUACUGCUGAUAAAAGAUAAAAGCAAUAAAAGGGUAUAUACUUCAAUAAAACUACAGACUAUGUAUAAGUCAUAUCUAGCUUUUAGUUAAUAUGAACAAAACCGCUUGUGUUCUAGUUAUUUUAUUUUUUGUUUUAUUUGCUUUUCUGCAAUACUCUAGUAUUAACCAGGGGUUAUAACUCUUAUUAUUAAAGUGCUGUAACUCCUUGCAUUUAUGAAAUAGUUGUGUUCAUUUUUUUGUUGAAUUUUUUAUUUUCUCAUUUGUUAUAUCUUGCCAUUUGUCAAGAAUUGAAUAUAUUUGGAUAUUCAAGAGCAAGGUUGAAUGAUCUCUCUGUUAUGACUUUGUUCGGUUCUGUAACAGUUUUCUUGGGCAAGAAUGACCAGAGAAAACAUUUUCUUUAUAGUUUAAAUUGGGCACGAUUUUUAGACUUGAUCAUUUAGAUAACAAAACUAUUUAUUAUUUAAGUUGCCAUUUAUUUUGUAUUUUCUUGAUAAAAACAUUAUUUUGUCCCUGAUAAGUUAAAAUAAAAAAAAUAUAAAUUGUGGGCAAUUCUUAUUGAAAUGUGUGGAGGGAUAACUGUGUGUCCCAAAGUGAUUUUUGAUGAAGAGAAAAUAUUUGGUAUGCAAAUGUGUUUAAAGUUUAGGAAUUGAAAAUACAACUAAAAAAAAACCUUCAAAAUUUUAAGGCAACACUUUUGUGGUGAUGUCUUCUUCUUUUGUGCUGACAUCAUUUUGUGUCCACAAAAGCCCCAAAAUUCACAUUCUGAAAAAAGAAAAGAAAAAAUGCUUUUGAAAAUUACUUAAGAAGGUUUUAAUGUGUUAAUGCAGAUAAAUAUUUGUGACUGAGAAAGUGAAAUUCACAGUAAAAAGUUUAACCCCUUUUUUGUUGCUAAUUCAGAUACUUUUAAGUAAAACCACUUAAGUGAUCAUGGGACACACAGUGGAGGGUCAUCUUUUAGUUUGGGUGAACAGCAGCUUUAGUUCAGCUAUAAAAGAAAACAGCAAUAACAGUACUGUUCUUUUUUUAUAUUUUUAUUAUUUCUCACGAUUUUAUGAGAUUGUUAUCUUAUAUACAUCCACCACCUACUUACUUACUCUUCAAAUGUAACAAAAAUCAAAUUUAAAAUAUUUUUAUUCUAUAAAAUAUGAUCAAAGAUGAAAUGGAAGUUGAACUUAAUAAUCUUAAAGGCUAAAUACUUAUCAUUGAAAUAUUGAAUAUUUUAUUUAACAUUUUAAAAUACUUUUUUUUAGCUUCCAAAUUCUUAAGAAAAGAAUUUUAGAUAGAUUUGGGAUUUUGCUUUACAAGUUUUAUUUGUAAUUGCACGUUUUAAUAUUGCCAAAAUUUUAAUCAAAUAACAAAUUUAGUCCACAACUCUGUUUAUCAAGAUUAUGUAUGAUAUACAUACCAACAAUUAAGCCUUCAAACAAACUGUCAUGAUAUGAACUUAGUUGUAAUAAUAAAAAAUGAUAUUUUUGUUAAAUAUGUUCCUUACAGAUAUAUGAAUUGUUGAAACAUUACUAUUGUAUCUAUGCACAAAAUUUGUGCAGUCAAAUAUUAUACAUUAUGGCAACUGUAAAUAUUACAGAAAUAAAUCUAAAGUAUUGUCUAA